AUGGAAGCCGGAGGACAAAGGCGCAAAUGGGCGUAUUGGUGGAUUGCUUUGUGUUUCUCCUUGCUUCUGUGUUUUGGACAGCAAGUUUCAGCGCAGAUAAGAUAUUCUAUUCCAGAAGAAUUGAAAGAAGGAUCCGUCGUAGGACAUAUUGCUAAGGAUCUUGGCCUUGAUGUCAGCACUUUAGUAAACAGGAGAUUCCGUAUUGUGUCUGGAUCAAAGGACGCUCUUUUUGAGGUAAAUCAAAACAAUGGCGUCUUAUAUGUUCAUAAGAAAAUUGACAGAGAGGAGCUGUGUGAUGGAAAUGGCGCAUGCUUGAUUAAUCUGAAAAUGGUGGUCGAAGAUCCCUUGGAAAUUCAUUAUGUUGGAGUGGAGGUAACUGAUGUUAAUGAUAAUUCACCCACCUUCACAGAAGAGGAGGAGCAUUUUGAGAUUGCGGAACACACACCCACAGGGACGCGUUUCCAAAUACAGACAGCACGAGAUGCUGAUACGACUGUGAAUAAUGUCCGGUCGUAUAAACUGAGUCAUAAUGAGUAUUUCGACGUUGAAACUAAGGACAGACAUGACGAAAAAAUACCGCUUUUAGUUUUAAAGAAAGCACUUGACCGUGAAAACGCCGCAGAACAUAGAUUAAUACUAACUGCAAUCGAUGGUGGAAAUCCACAACGGUCAGGAAAUCUUAACAUAAUUGUUACUGUCCUUGAUGUUAAUGAUAACCGUCCUGUGUUCAGUCAAGACCCCUAUUCUGUAAUGGUAAAAGAAAAUGCUGCUGUCGGUACGGUUUUGGUAAAACUUAAUGCAACUGACUUGGACGAAGGUUUAAAUGGUGUUGUAGAAUACGCCUUUGGAAGAAACCUGAAGCGUAAAGUGCAAAAUCUGUUUAUACUCGAUAGUGCAACAGGAGAAAUUCAGAUUAAAGGUGUGCUGGACUUUGAGGAAACAGAAUUGUACAAGUUAGACGUACAAGCAUCUGAUAAAGGCCAACCACCCUUAGCAGCAGAAUCCGUCGUUAUUAUUAAAGUAGCAGAUAUAAAUGAUAACGCUCCUGAAAUAGACCUCACGUCUCUUUCCAAUAUAGUUUCCGAGGAUUCUAAACCUGGGACUGUAAUUUCAUUGAUUAGCAUCAGUGACAAAGACUCCGGUAUAAAUGGAAAGAUAAUUCUAAGUGUUUCUGAUAAUGUUCCCUUUGAGCUGAAACCAUCAGUUCAAGAGAAUAUUUAUUCCCUUGUAACUAAAGGAAAAUUAGAUCGAGAACUUGUGUCCCAUUAUGACAUAACAAUAACAGUCACUGAUUUAGGAAAACCUUCGUUAUCUUCUUUUAAAUCUCUGAGCGUUCAGGUCUCAGAUGUUAACGAUAACAGUCCUGAAUUUUCUCAAGAUCCGCUUGAAUUGUACUUAGUAGAAAAUAACGCACCUGGUGCCUCCGUAAUGUCUGUGAGCGCAUUCGAUAAAGAUUUAAAUGAAAAUGCAAUGAUUACUUAUUAUAUUAUUAGAGGGGGCGCUGCACAAAAGGAUAUGGCCUCUUUCCUGAACAUUAACUCUGAAACGGGAGUUGUUUACGCCUUAACCCGCUUUGAUUUUGAAGUAAUUAGAAAGUUUCAGUUCCAAGUUGUUGCAAAGGUGAUCCCAGAUCGCAGGAGGAGAGAUUCUGGAGAGCGACAGCGUAGAGGGAGCUGUCCGCUGCGCUGGUGCUGA